UCUACCGUGGAGCCCCAUUAGAAGAGCACGUUUCCCCCUACAUCACUUCCGUUCAUCUGAUCGGUCAGAAAGACUGCGAAAAUGGUGUCUUUUGGAAGAAUUUCGCAAACUCUCCUACGGUCCUCAAUAAUCCAGACCCGUCAACUCUCUGCCUCAGCGGCCCAUAGUCAUGGGGAGCAAACAGCCAGAACAUGGAAGAUCCUCUCCUUUGUAAUUGCCCUUCCGGGGGUUGCAGUGUGCAUGUUGAACAUGUACCUGAAGAUGCAGCAACAUGCUGCACACCAUGUGGAACCUGAGUUCGUACCUUACAGCCACCUUCGCAUUCGCAGCAAGCGUUUCCCAUGGGGUGAUGGCAACAAGAGCCUGUUCCACAACCCUGAAGUAAAUGCCCUCCCUGAUGGCUAUGAAGGACGCGAAGAAUGAUCACUCUUCUUCCAGAUUACCUCAUACACUGGGACCAGAGUCUUCCCUCAAUUCUUUACUCUGUUACUAGACCACGCUCUUCAAACAGUUUACGCUCCUCUAUUCCAUUAUGUUUAACUAUGCAUACUUGUCACAAGGGAUUCAAUGAUAGUAAAACCUUUCUGGACCAUUUAACACAAUGUGUGCUUAAACUUAACUAAAAUAAAUAUUACCAAAA